AUGCCUAAGGCUACCAGCUCUCGAGCCGCCGCUGCGGCGCGACGACACAAUCCUCUGGCGGACGACAUCUCUGCCGUGGGGCAUCUCCGGACAAACAGCACCACCAAGAAAGGCAAGCGCCAGUCGCACGAUGACGAGGAAGAUGGCGAGACCGGCGAGCGCUACGUUGAUGCGAAGAUGUCACGCAAGAUCCUCCAAAUCGGACAGGAACUGGCAGAGGAAGAUGCCGCUGAACAAAAGCUGCGAUUUGGCGGGGCUCAGCCAAAGUCAAACUCGGCUUUUGCAUUUGAUACUCGAUUCGAAGAGGACGCACCUUCCGAUGACGAGAAGUACGAGAACGAUAAUUGGGUCGACGAGGAUGAGGAGGAGCGUGAAGAAAUUGAAAUCGACCCUAACGAUCUCGACAUGUUCAACAAAUUUAUGCCCGGUGGCCACGAUGAAGACCCAAUAUUUGGCACGCGGCAGCCCGGAGAACAGCUACAAGGGCAGACAACAAACCUGGCGGACCUUAUUUUGGAGAAGAUCGCCGAACAUGAAGCCAAGCUGAACGGUGAAACUGCUGGCGGAAACUAUAUUCACGGUGGUGGUGCAGCUGAAGAUGCUGUGCAAAUUCCAGCCAAGGCUGUUGAAGUAUACGAAAAAGUCGGCAUGAUUCUGUCCCGCUACAAGUCGGGCCCGCUGCCCAAGCCUUUCAAGAUCCUCCCCUCAGUGCCGAACUGGCAAACACUCCUCGACAUUACCCAGCCCGAGAGAUGGACCGCCAAUGCUGUGUAUGCCGCCACGCGUAUCUUCAUCUCCUCCAAGCCCGCUGUGGCCCAAGAAUUCAUCGCCACCGUUCUGUUCGACCGCGUUCGCGAAGAGAUUCACGAGACGAAGAAAUUGAACGUCCACACGUACAAUGCCCUUCGUAAGGCCUUGUACAAGCCCGCCUGCUUCUUCAAGGGACUGUUGUUCCCCCUCGUCUCCAGUGGAACUUGCUCUCUUCGCGAGGCUCAUAUCGUCUCCUCCGUGAUUGCCCGAGUUUCAAUUCCCGUUCUCCACUCUGCCGCUGCACUGCUGCGUAUGUGUGAUUUGGCUGCAGAGCAAUCCAUGCGCUCGCUCGAGAGCACCGGUGCUGUGAACACCUUUAUCCGAGUGUUCCUGGAGAAGAAGUAUGCCAUGCCAUACAAGGUGAUUGAUGCUCUGGUAUUCCAUUUCUUGCGCUUCCGCGGCGACAACCCCGCAGAUAUGAUGACAGACGGGCCCGGCAGCUCAAAGGCCUACAAGUUGCCCGUUCUUUGGCAUCAGUCUUUGUUGGUGUUUGCCCAACGCUACCGCAAUGACAUCACCGAAGAUCAGCGCGAGGCUCUUCUCGACUUGCUGCUUGUUCGAGGACACAAAGACAUUGGGCCAGAGGUACGACGAGAACUCCUUGCUGGUCGUGGCCGCGGUGUUGUUGUCCUCGAUCCCGAGCAACAAAACGCCAUCGAUGCUGGUGACGACACAAUGGACAUGGCAAUGUGA